CCUAUGCGGAAGUCCCGCAGCUUCCUACCAUAGACUGGAGUCCUGCAGAUCAUAUGCCAUUAUGCCGAAGUUUGAUAAAGCAGUGACAAAGGGGACUUCAAUGGAAAUCUAUCCUCUUAUCCGAAACCAAACAAGCAAACCAGUAGAAAGAAACAAGUAGACUGUAGUUUUGAAGCUCAAAAAGUGUAAAAACACACACUUUGCACUUCAAGAACACAACUUUGGCUAUGGCCGGAGUACUCGGAACUUCUUCUGCAGCAAUCUUGGCCCCUCGAUCCCUUUCUUCUCCCACCUCCAAAUCCCCCAUUCACUCUCUCUCUCUAACUCCAGGGCAGAAGAAGUUCUAUGGAGGAAUUGGAAUUCCACUCAAGAAUGGGAGGUCUCAGUUCCGUGUUUCAAUUACCAAUGUUGCCACUAAGAUCAGUCCUGCUCAAGAACAGGGGUGCAGGGAAGUCCACAACUGUUAGGUCAUUGGUAGAUUUACUGCCGGAAAUUAAGGUAGUUGCCAGUGAUCCAUUUAACUCUGAUCCUGAAGAUCCAGAAUCCAUGGGCGUGGAAGUCAGAGAGAAAAUUAUGAACGGUGAGGAACUGCAGGUUAUGAUGACCAAAAUCAAGAUGGUUGACUUGCCAUUGGGUGCUACAGAAGAUAGAGUCUGUGGGACAAUUGACAUAGAAAAGGCCCUUACAGAGGGUGUCAAGGCAUUUGAGCCUGGCCUUCUUGCCAAAGCCAAUAGGGGAAUUUUAUAUGUGGAUGAAGUCAAUCUUUUGGAUGAUCAUUUGGUAGAUGUUCUUUUGGAUUCUGCUGCGUCAGGAUGGAACACCGUAGAAAGAGAGGGAAUUUCAAUUUCACAUCCAGCUCGAUUUAUUCUUAUUGGCUCAGGAAAUCCUGAGGAAGGGGAGCUAAGGGCCCGUUUGGCAUGCGCCCUAAGGCCACAGCUCCUCGAUCGGUUUGGAAUGCAUGCACAAGUGGGGACUGUAAGGGAUGCUGAGUUGAGAGUGAAGAUUGUGGAGGAGAGAAGUCGGUUUGAUAAAAAUCCAAAGGAAUUUAGAGAUUCUUAUGAGGCAGAGCAAGAAAAGCUCCAGCAGCAAAUCACUUCAGCUAGGAGCACUCUUUCUUCUGUUCAGAUGGAUCAUGAUCUGCGCGUGAAGAUCUCCAAGGUUUGUUCGGAGCUGAAUGUUGACGGGUUGAGAGGUGAUAUAGUGACAAAUAGGGCAGCAAAAGCUUUGGCUACUCUAAAAGGCAGGGAUAUAGUAACUGCAGAGGAUAUUGCAACUGUAAUUCCCAACUGCUUGAGGCACCGUCUUCGGAAGGAUCCCUUGGAAUCUAUCGACUCUGGUUUACUUGUCAUUGAGAAAUUUUAUGAGCUGUUUAGCUGAAUGAGAGUACAAACAUGCUCUUUUGGUAAAGAUUGCAUCUGUGAGGGAAGUAGUCCUGGGUGCCCCAUUAAGAGUAGUUCUAAAAACAUCUUGCUUCAAGGACUGUUGCUCCGGAUAUGGAUAGGCUUGUUCCUCUAAAGAGCCUAAAGAGUCUUUUUUCCUUGUUCCCCAGAAUGUAUGUUAUUCCGGCUACUCAUCUGUGUAUAUUUUCAUUGGAUCAGUAGAAGCGAGUCUACUUGAAAGGCAGCUGAGUAACAUAUUGCAAUUGUUUAUGGCAGGUAGAUAAAGUGACUGGUUUUUCCUAUGAGAUUCAAGGAUUCCAUAGAUACUGUUCUUGCAACUUCUUUCUUACUGGAAUUUGUGGAAGCAAGGCGUACAGCUGGACUUAGCAAUUCCCCUUCCUGCUCGUGGUCUCCUCUCCUCCUCUAGAACUGAAGGGAGUUCCUGUUGAAGCAAUACAUGCAAAUGCGGGAUUUGUUACUUUUGUCAUUUUCCCACGCCAUGUAGAAGGAAAAAAACUGGACAGAACUGUUUGGAUUUUAUCAACAUUCCAUGCAUAUGUUAGCUAUCAUGUCAAGUGUUCAGAAGGUUUCAUGCACACUUGAAUGAGACGUCACAUGGAAUCAUUAAUACAGAAGAUUCCUAAAGGAUGUUGUUUAUGCCUAGAUUUGCGAUCUCGAGAAACUACAUUGUCAAUUUCAAUCUUGUUAAGGCUAGGAUUACUGGGUGAAACUGAGGCAACAUGGACACGUGGGAUUGAAUCAUGAUGUAAAAUGCUUGAGACAAUGUAUUCUAUACAUGAUACCACUGAGACUCGGGCAUUGAUGUUGUAAGGUUGCUUCAUGAUUAUUUUGAAAGAAGUUGUGGACCUCAGGCAAAGUAAAGGUGCAAGGAUGACAGGCAUGUUCGAAUUGGCAUUUGGAAACAUCCAGAUAUUGAGUUUGCUUGACUUAAAGCACAUUGCGGCAGAGACUGAAUGUUGCAUGCUUGAAGCUGCUGAAAAUGACCAAGUGAAAUUGGUCCUCCGUCGAGAGGGAGUUGAGUUGGGCUUGAUAGUUUGAUAGUUUGAUCUUCAGCUGAGGCUUGACAAUGUUUAAUGUUGGACCGCAGAAGGCUGUAUUUUUUAGCUUCUGACAACCUUUUUAUAGAUUAUUAAGUUUCACACUA